AUGACGGACUCGCCGUCUGGGAUUGGUCCGAUCCGGCGGGCGCACCGAAAGAGUCGGACGGGUUGUACGGCGUGUAAGGCCCGCAAGAUCAAGUGCGACGAACACCACCCGUCAUGCAUCAAUUGCAUUUCCCACGGGCUGCAAUGUCCCUUUCUGUCCAUGAAAGCGAACCUGCCGCCUAGAACUAGACCCAGGCCACAGUCGUCGCAAACACCAAGUCCCAUCACCCAGUCCCAGCAAUUCCAAUCACCAUCGCCACUUUCACCGGCACACCACCCACAUGUCGAACCUCCACCAUCAUUAUCAUCAUCAUCGUCAUCACCACACAGCACUCCCAUCAAUCCCAUUUACUACCCCAACCCAGCCAUCAACAACCCAAUAAUCGAAAACAAUGACGACAAUGACGACGACCCCCUUCCAACCCUUCACCUCCUUCUCCUCCACAACUUCACCUUCUCAACCUACCUGACCCUCACCACCGACCCCACCGUCGCCAACUUCUGGCGCACCUCCGUCGUCAAUCUCGCCUUCUCCCUCUCCUCCUCAUCCCCCUCUUCCUCCUACCUCCUCCGCGUCUUGCUCUCCGUCUCGGCCCUCCACCUAGCCUUCCAACAAUCAUGUCCCCAAAAGCGAGAUUUCUACACUGCCCAGGGCAUCCUGCUCCACCAAAAAGCGACCAGAGAAGCCAUGAGGCGGAUGCUACCCGUUAUAGAACGGGAAGAGGACGAACUGGGCUUGUACCUCUUUGCGAAUCUGACUAUCUAUGUCGCGCUUGCAAGCCCGAGGGGCAGGAGGGGCGAUGGGAGGGUCUAUGUUUUGGAUCAACAUGAGCAGAGAAGGCAUGCGGAGAGUAAUGGGCUGAGCAAUGGCGAUAGAAGGGGGGGUCCGGAGGGUACGGGAUUGGGGUCCGAAGCGGGCAUGGGGAUGGGGAUAGGCACGGCAGGCGGUGGACUGAACUUUCCCGAUUGGGCCUUCCUCGUUAACGGCCCCAAGUCGCUUAGCAACUUCAUUAUGAACAAUGAAGCGCAUCGAGAGUUUCUGAAGCCUUUCCUGGCGUAUGGAGGGAGGAGGUGGAAAGAGGCGAGGGGCGAGUCGUCGGAUUCUUCUUGCAGCGCCUCACCGUCUAGUACCGCGACACCGAACCCAUCUAGCGCUGGAACGCCAACCGAACAAAAGAGAACGACUUCAAGUAGGAGUGGGAUACCCAAGCCCCCCGGACCGCUGGCCCAUCUCCGCGAGCUCAUCAGCAAAGACACCGCCAAUCCUUACCUUCACACUUAUCUUUUCGCCAUUGACGAACUCGAACUGUCGCUCACGCACCUGACUUGUUCUUCUUCUACCUCCCCAUCCACGACCACGGCCACGUCCUCACCCAGCACAAUGACCACAACGACCCCAACCCUCACCACAUGCGCCGCCGCCGCCGCCGAUGACUCCCCCAACUCCAACUCCAACUCCAACCCCAAUACCCAAGGAGGUGGUGACGUCCUAGACGCCAUGCUCUGGCUCUGGGCCGUCUCCGACUCGCUCGUCCCGCUACUCAAGAUUCCCACCCAAGAAGCCGUGGCCAUCUUUGCCCAUUUCGGCAUCUUACUCAAACACCAUGAGCGACAGUGGUGGUUGCAGGGGUGGGGAGAUCAUUUGAUUAUGAGAGCCAAAGAUAUUUUGGAUGAGGAACAUGCAGGGUGGAUUCGGUGGCCUUUGGAGGUUUUGGAAGGGGACCAUCAUCCAUCAUGAGAGGUGACGCGAAAGCGAAAAGACAGGGUGCAGAAUGGUUGAAAGAGUGAGUUUUAAAGGGUUAUUU